UUCAUUGGUGUGCGUUAUCAUACUGUACGUAAAUAAAUUUAAUUCUCUGACUCAUAAAUUCGGGAUAGUCUUUUAAAAAAAAAUUAUGUCGAAAAACAUAGUAUUCGAGGGUUGGCUAACGAAAUCACCACCUUCGAAACGCAUUUGGAGAACUAAAUGGCGGAGAAGGUGGUUUGCCUUGCGACAGUCGGGUGAGCUCCCAGGGCAAUAUUUCCUAGAUUAUUAUGCCGACCGUAAUUGCAGACGGCUCAAGGGUACUAUCAACUUAGAUUUCUGUGAACAGGUAGAUGCAGGAUUGCAUAUGGAACGUACAAAUCAAGGAGCACCAGACCCGAAGCUACGCGGCUCUGUAUUCACAAUUCAAACGCAAUCACGGACAUACCAUCUUGAAGCUGAUUGUGAAUCCGAAAUGGAAAAAUGGGUCGCUGCUAUCUGUAGUGUAUGUGGCUUGCGAGCAACUGACGAAACACCCAGCUAUUCUGGCAUAUAUCAAAACCAUUCAGUGGCUGUAGACAAUCAUCCGAAUACGAGUUCAAGAAAUAAUUCUAAUGUUACAACACCUACUGUCAAUGGUCAGGUUACCACAAUGCCGGUUGUAAAUAAUGUUAACUACGGUACUAUAGCUGCAAAUGGUCAACAACAUUCCUUGGUUUCUAACGAUGAAGACAAUGCCAUAGCCAUCGCAAACGAUGAGUAUGAAUGCGGUGAAAGUACCGGACCAUAUAUCCCAAUAUCAGAAUGCAUUACAGGUGUUCGUGCUCCGGAUACUCAAAGAGCGUUCACUUUUGAUCCUAAAAAUAUCGUAACCAGUACAAAGACCUUUGACAAGUCAGACGCUAGCAACAAAUUCAAAACAUAUUCGUAUCACGGCACACCUCAGAUACGCAUUAACAAUGUUGCAGUUGAAUCGGAAAACGAUUCUAACAGCGAGGACGAAUGUAGAUCACUGAACGCUAGUCAAUAUAACAUAGGAGAGGUAACGGUGGCAAAAAGUUUCACAAGGUUGAACAUAAAUUCACAACGCAGUAAUGGAACUAGCUAUGAUGGACCGCCGGUGCCUCCGCGUCCACCGAAAACGUUCUCAUUGAACAAAGAUCUAGCUCAUCGUGAAUCUUUCCAUGGACCGAAAGUUCAAGAACCAAUCGAGCUUCAAGAAAAUACUUCUCCAUUUCCCUGGAUGCGUUUGCCACGUCCAACGCACCACAACACGGCACCUUCGUCUCCCGGCCGUUCUGUCAUCAGUCACUGCGUCCGGACCACGGACGAUGAAGAUGACGCCGCCAUGGGACAUUCGAUGCAGUAUUGCAAUCUUUCGACGCUACCGCCAGCUGUGGAUAGGGCGUUAAAGCCUCGUCAUUCAAGUCACAGCAUCGGCAAUAUGUACAACUUCUCUGGAUUGGGAAUAUGUGACGAAACGAAACCGGACGUAUUGCAGUAUUUAGAUCUUGAUCUACAUACGUCUACCCCUCCGUCGUCUAAUCCCCAAGACUUCAAGAAGCUAAACAUUAUACAUGGAAAAUCGCAUUCCUCCGCUGAUGCGGAUUCCGCGUAUAAAACCGUAGACUUCUUGAAGACAGAGGCAUUUAACAUCACCCGUCAGGAUGCCGAAGCAUCUCGGAGUGUGCAACAAUGAUUGAGCCCGCACAUGGGAAGGAUCUAUAAACUAGUAAUAAACCCGAAUGACAUGUUCAUACGAUAAAAGAUGGACGCUCUCUAUAUAUGAGAUAAACUCUAGAACUUGUGUUGUGUAAAUACAGGAUAUGAGCGAGAGCAAGGAGGAAAAAAACGUAAUCGUAAGUUUUGAUAUAUAUAUGAUACCUUAAAGUAUUAUUUUACAUGUGUGUUAAUGUUUAUCGACAUGUAUAAAUUAGGACCGCACUAAUUGCAUUUCGCCUAUUUCGAUACUCAAAGAUCGAGAAUCUGAUCGACUUUCCUUUGUCAGCAGAACGAUUGUGAAUUCUAAUAUUUUUCACGUUAUGGUUUGAACGUGUCAGAUUUUAACGAAAAAAAUCCAAUCCACAGCUACUGUCCUUCUAUGAUACGAUCGUCGGCACACGAUACAAAAAAUGUUGGUAAUACGUAAUGUUGCAUUUUUAAACCAAUUCGAUCUUUUUCCGUUACCUUAUUUUUUACGAUGUAGGCUUGACUAAAUGGAAUGUUAUCAGUCGACGGUGCUUUCAAACUACUUGUGUGGUCUUUGAUUCUCGUUUGGGCAAAUAGUAAUUAGAGCAUAGUUAUGACGUCAUGUAUGCUCUCUCUCUCUCUCUCUAUAUAUAUAUUUGUAUAUAAUUAUUCAAUUGACGCUGUUAACUUUCGUCCUACCUACACCUUGAUAUUUCACUUCGAUAUAAAGCACGUUAAAUUGAAAUGACAAUUCAACCAAGUGUUAUUUGAGUAACGCACAAUGAGUGUUCCGUGUUGAUGCAAUAAAAUACAGGAUCAUAUUUAUUUAGAUUUGUUGAAGUUUGCGUUGUUGUUAAGGUUUAAAGUUAAACGUUUAAUCGU